AUUUAUAAAAAUUUUCCAUUAAAUGUGAUUCUGUACUCUGAAUACUACAGUUUCAAUACAAUUUACAAUGAGAAAGGAUGAUUUUCAAAUAACCCUCUUGUUUUAUUCUGUGUUAUUUUCUACCUUUAUUUUGGUUUCAACUCAAAAUGAAGAAAACAGUAAUGCCAAUGGAUACUUAAAUAUAAAAGAAGGUUCCCUCAACAAACCGAGAUUUCAGUGGAUUUCACAUGAUACUCUUAAUAUUCAAUUGCCUUCAGUAAUUGUUUCAAAAGAAUCGAAGAAACUUAUUGAUUCUGUUUCAAUAUUUGUGGUGAAAUCCGAAAACACAGACAAAAGUGUCAAGCUGUUAAAUAUCAAAGUCCCAAAAAGCAGUGGUCAGAUUUUGGGACUAAAUUCGGCAUACACUUAUGAUGCAUACCUUCAGAUUGACUGGGUGAAUGGGACAACGGUGGACUGGUUACAUAUGAAAAUUCCGUCAGUGGAUUCUGUGAGCGAUGAACACCUUAGUGUCAAACAUGGCGCUUUAAUUUCAGUCAAAAACAGUAUUAAAGUAAACGUAUAUGCCUUGAACAAUUUAUUCACUCCAAUCAUUUCAAUUCCCGUGAAUUCGACACAAAGAAUUAUAGCUGUCCAUGGAGAUUUAAAAAUGAACAGGCUGUUCACAUUUCAUUCGGACGGUGCCAUGAAACAGUUUUCUUUAAUCCAUGGCAAUCUGAUAGAAGACAUUAUGUUUCACAACAUUUCCUUCAAAGACAUCAUAUUUCCCUGGGUCGAAUACGAUUGGCUGAAUCAAAAUUUUUACUUUUUACGACAUAAUUCGAUAAUAUGCCUUAAUGUGAAAAAUCUGACAUUUUCGGAAUUUCAAAUGCCCCACAACAAUAGUGAAGAAAAAAUAAUCAACUAUGCAGUAGAUCCGUUUAAUGGAUUUAUCUUCGUUGUGAAGAAGUCAGUUACAGUGAAUAAAUAUAAAUUAGAAAGAUUUCUACUGCCGGAUAUGAAUCAUUCAAAUGACAACAGCGACAGAUACCUUGAGUUCAAUAGCCAGAAAUAUUUUGUAAACAUAAAUAUAACAUCCUUACAAUGUGAACCAUUGAAAACGCGUCUCAUUAUAUUAUUACCAAAUAAUUCCCUAAUUCAACUGGAUUAUGAAUUCAAUUUAAUUAAAGACGUAAACUUAAUUUCUUCUGACUGCAAAUCACAUUCUGAACCUAUUCAUUCCGAACGGAUAAAGCUUUUUCAGAUAAAACUUGGAUACAUAGUUUUCAACUACAAGACAAACACAAUGCUUCUAUUAGAAUCACCUUCAUAUGGGGGUUCUGGUAAACUUGCUUGUCACGAAAUGUCUCACCUAACAGGAUCACCAAUUGUUGUUAUUACAAAAGAGGAGCAGUUUACUCCAACCUGUUCCACAAGUCUACGAGAUAUAUCAACAAUGUUCCUAGAAAACAAAGGAUUUUUGAGCUGGAGAUCAUGCAUCUGGAAUAAGCAAUAUAAAAAUCCCUCUGCUUGGCACAAAUGGUCGUAUUUGUUGCAUAUAUCUUCUAAGAAUACUUCAAAUAUAACCAGCUUGGUUGAACAGAAAUAUUUCAAUGAAACAAUGAAAUAUGAGAUAUCUGAUUUAUCGCGAAAUACUCACUAUCAGCUCUUCAUAAACGUUCAGCAAUCCGAUGAGGCAUUUUCAAUGCAUCAAGAGACAUUGAACAAAGAUCUUUCACUUAACUUGUUGACCGUGGAUGAAAAUUAUGCUCAUAUAUACAUCUUUUUAAGCGGGAAUUGGAUAUUCACCUACUCACUUGUGCAUCAUUUUCAUCGCAGUAUUAAAGAUGUCAUACUUCAUAAGAGUCAGAUAUGGGUCCUUCUGAAAAGUGGUGACGUAUAUUUGGGUUUAAUCAAUGAUAAAUCUAUUUCUUCCGCACUAACACUGGCAAACAAUUUCCCAUGGAGUCAAGUGAAAAUUAGCAACUCUACAAUAUUUGCUUCUGUUAACUGGGCACAUUUAACCAACAUCAAAGCAUCUCGUAUUGUCUUGGACAGACAGUGGUCUGAUCUUUACUUCACCAGUCCAAGUACCAAAUGGAUUUAUAGAUGGACUCUUAGUCCUUAUCAACAUGAUAUCUACGGUAACAGUUUGGAAAAUGUAGUAUAUGGCUAUCCAACCCUGAUUCAACAAUCUCCCGUAAUCGACUUUGUCGUAGACUCAAAAUAUAAUCAUUUAACAUGGAUUGCUUCAUACCUUGACUCUUCGGCAGCCAUUUUUUCAAAGAAAUUAGAAUAUUCUGAAAAAGUGUCACUCAUUCAAAAGAUUAAUUAUCAUGCAUCCAACAGUGUACCGAAGUUCCUGAUACAGGACUUUGAUUCUUUGAAUCGAUUCUACUACACAGUUGAAAGUUAUCAAAUUGUUCAAAAGGAUUUGCAUCAUGUUGAAAAUUCGACAAAUAUUUCGAAAAUGCCUGGGUUGAAGAAAGACUCAGAUAAAUGUAUAAAACAUGAAAAUACUAGUUUAACUUUCUGCCCAGUGUACACAUCCUGGUUGUUGGAAUCAAAACCAUCAGUACUAAGCGAUUCUGGCAUUUCUAUAGAACUUCUUGCUAAUCAACAGCUAAUUUGGACGUCACUAAAAUGGAAUACUUCUUUUGAAUUAUUUUCCCAGAAUAGGUAUCCCCAUAACAGUAUAUACGCAUAUAAUUUGGAACCUGGAUUGUCCAACAGUUCAUCAAUUCAACCAACAUUAUCAGCUUACGCUUCUUACGAUUUCACGCGGCAUCAAUCGGUUAUAGAUUUUUCAGUAUGUUUUCUACGAAACACAGUCAUGUCUUUGGUAGACUCGAAUUCAGUAAAUGCAGUUUUAACAAUGGGCAGAUACAAAAUAAAAGGUGAAAUAAAUGUGGUGAAUGCACUUGUGAACAGAAUUUGUGUAGUACAGUCUAUUAACCGGUCAAAUGAUUUGAUCCAGAGAUACGUCAGUCUACCGGAUAUACUUGGAUCUGACUUAUGCAGUUAUGUUUAUUUUAACAAAAUUACAGUGUAUGGUUGCCUUCCUGAUAAAUUUAUUGAUUUUCACGAGUUGAGUGAAUCAAAUAAAGUGACAGAGAAAGUAAUUAAACAGAUGGUUUCAUGGAAAGGAGAUGCAAUAGAUUCAACAAUCAAUGUUAUUCUGGGUGAAGAUACUCAUGCUAAGUCAUUUGUCAUAAACCAUGGAGUUUCACUAUACUCUGGAGAUCUGAAAACAAGGGUAUAUUUUACCAAUGAUGACCGCAAACUAACUUCUGAGGCUGAAUUCUCAAAUUACAAACUCCACUAUGAACUAAAAACCAAUUCGGGUAAUUUUAUUCAAAAUAUACUGAUGUCUUUACUAGAUGAUACUUUCAGACAAGUCAUGUUUUCACUUGAUUGGUGCUAUUAUGGAAGUAUUUACACAGUUGAAUGUUCAUCGCACCAUCUGACUGACGUUGAUUUGUGGCUACACAUUUGUCAGUUAGGUCAGUAUGCAGUCGAGCAUCGGUUUGAGCUCAAGAAUGACUCUGAUGCUGAGGUGGAAACAUUUACAGACAAUCAGGAAGCUUUAUGCGUUUACGAUUACACAAAUUUAUUCACUUAUAUAUUUAUCAAUAACAAAAAGACUCCAACAAUACAUGCUGAAAUGCUCACAAGCAAAAGAUUGAUUUACAUCCCAAUGAAAACUGGGGUCUUCUUCCACCUUGAUCUCGGUAUUGUAUGGAAAACAAAUUUAAGGGAUCGUAUAGACACGUCGUCUUCAAGAUAUUUAAACCAUGUGGACAAAAGCGCAAAAGUAUGUGUUCCUGUAAAUAUUCAAAGUGCAUUAGAAAAUUUGGAUAAAAUAAACUUUUCUAUUCACUGGGAAAAGAAGGAAUUAAUUGUUUUUCAUGAAAAUGCUGGCGUUAUCUUUAAAUCUCCGUUAGAUGAUUGUAGUUUCAAUGACAGAGAUUUUGACCAUUGUUCUUCGACUACAGUAUCAAAUUUAACUUGUUUAAGUAAUCAGUACAUUUUAACCGAAUGCACAGUUGAAGAACUCAGAUCAAUUUGGCAUCCUCAACCGUUCAUAGUGAAAAUUUAUUUAGAACAUCGCGGAAUCUCCAAUCUAGAAAAUAUAGAAACUGAAAUUCUGGUUAGUCUACAGGACAAAAGAUUAUAUUUUACAGACAUGCAAUACACGGAAUCCACCGAUAAAAUGGAUAGUACAAUCACAACCAUAAUGCCAAGUGCCAAUUUAACAGUAUUGUUAUCCAAUUCAAAUCAGACAGAAGUUGAGGAUUUCCAGUUCCCUAAAGAUGAUGUGCCUAAACCACCAUUACUCAUCGUGAAACCCUUUCAGUGUCACUCUCUUCCUGGGAAAUUUGUUUUGCAGUGCUAUCGUCGUGAAAUACGCUUUACUUGGAUACCUCCAGAUGAUAAAAUCGCCAAAGCUAUGGUCAAAUUCCGUGAGUUCCACCAACCCAAAUUCACUACAAUGUCUGAUUACGGAUGGGGACAUUCCGGAGUUAAAUUUCGAAAUCAUACUAUUGCUUCACUCAAACCUAACCGCUUCUAUGAAUUUGGAUUGAAUUUGAUCUAUGAAAACAGCACCUUUGACCGGUUCCCGAAGAUUGGGUCGAAAGACUUAUGUACAUGUAAAACAUACCCUGACGUACCUGAUGUACCGUUGAACCUACGGUACCAUUAUAUUCAAGGCAAUCAGUAUAAUCUAGAAUGGACACCAAAUAAUGAUAACGGUGAACCAAUAUUCACAUACAAUAUGAAAUCCAUGCCAAUUAUGCCCAGUAAUACAGAACAUUCUAAAUGGGUCUCAAUUACACCGCAUAAUUUAACAGAUAAGCAAGCCAAUAUUACACUUGACACAAAUCACCAAAGUGCAUUUCAGCUGAGGGCUGUUAAUAAGGUUGGAAUGAGUGAACCAGCUUAUUUAGUAAUAAGACCACCAUAUCAAAAAGUUCCAGAUAAGGGUUAUUCGUCACUGUUUCAGCCUUUAAAUCAAGUAACCAGCUUGCUGACUUACAGUUUGCUUUCAGUUGCCCUACUACUUUUGCUUCUAUUCCUAAUUGUACUACUAAUUUACAGACGUCGGCACAAAGAUGGGAAGUCUAACAAACACUCAUUUUUCAUUAGUUUCAAUCCAGCCAGACGUCUACAUUCAAGCAGUGGAAAUGGUUCAUCCAUACUUGGGCUUGGCAGUGAUCUGACAACAAGUGGAUUACCACUUGAUUUAGCUACACUAGAGCCAUUAUGGAAUCAAGAAGUUAAUUCACUCUAUGGAAUUAGUAAACCUGACCUUAAUAACUUUGAGCAAGUUCCACAAAUACCUGCUGCAAAUAUACGUUUUCUACGUUAUAUUGGAUGUGGAGCAUUUGGUAAAGUAUGGGAAGGCUGGCUGCAUGUGCGUGAUGCAGAUGGAGAACGGUUUGAAAAAGUUGCAUUAAAAGUACGAAACUGUAAGUCACUGACUGAAGCUGAAUUCAAACGUGAAGCGACUCUGAUGCACAAAUACCAACACACGAAUAUUGUGCGAUUUUUCGGCGUUUCAUUCGACUCCCCUGGACAACAGUGCUUAGUCUUGGAAAUGAUGGAUCAAGGCAACUUAAGAGAUUAUCUGCACCGAUCACGACCAAGAAUUGCUCCUGAUAUUGCUGCUAAUGUGUUUGCAGCCGCAGCUAUAUGUGCAGCUGCAGGGAAAACAGGAGGAUCAGAUGGCUCUUCAAUGAAUACAAGCAUGACUAGUACAGCAGCUGGAGGUGGAACACCAAGUGCUUCAAAUGUGAUCACUCUGACUGCACAACUUGAUUUACCCGCACUGGUUGCCAUAAUGAGAGAUAUAUGUCAUGGGUGUCGUUAUCUGGAAGAACAACACUUUGUCCACAGAGACAUCGCUGCAAGAAACUGUUUAGUCAGUCACAAUCACUCAAGUGGGCGUAUAGUGAAGUUGUGUGAUUUCGGUUUGGCACGCGAUAUAUACAAAAAUGAUUACUAUCGUAAACGCAACGAGCCGAAACUACCCGUGAGGUGGAUGUCACCUGAAGCUAUUCGCGAUGGUUUAUUUACAACAAAAUCUGAUGUCUGGGCCUAUGCCGUUACCUGUUGGGAAGUUUUAACUCUUGGUGCUGAUCCAUUUUAUGGUCGAGCUAAUGUCGAUGUCAUGAAUCUGGUUAUUGGUGGACAUGUUUUAGGACGUCCAGAAAACUGUCCAGAAGAACUGUAAGUCUAAUUUUUACAAUUCAUAUUGCUUAAACGGAGAUUAUAUGAUUUCAGGAUUUUCAUCAUGAGCUGACAUUAGUUAGGAGUUAAACAUCGUGCUGAUAUUUAUACACCAUAAUGAUUCCUACUUUAGCCAAUAAAAUUGUUGAUAUCUUUUGUAACUGAUAUGGAUGACUACAUUGAGCAUAAGUGAGACCCGUAUACUAACACGUUAUUACAGCUAGUAACCACUUUUUCACCAUUUGCAAGUGGUGGAAAAUAUGUGGUUAGUGUGACUGAAUAAAAUAACGGGUUACGUUCUAUCGCUUAUAACGGUUGGCUGUGUGUUUGAGGGUCAGAGGAAUACAUAUACUCAGUUUGAUGCGAGUUUAUCCAUUUGACGAUUCUCAGGUAGGACAUUGUGCUCAUGUUGGAUUCUGUUACUGUUACAAACAGAGCUGUUUCAUCUAAGAAUCAAUAAUUGACUAAUCAUUAACAACUGUUGGCAACCAACUAGGUUGAGGCUACAUCUGCUAAUAGUGUUGUCGAUAAACUGCAUGACAAAAUGUUUGAAAGCAAUCAGCUGGCUUUAGUUCAGUAUAUUGACUACUGAAAGUAGACUUCUGCUAAGUAUGACUUCCAUUAUUCUUGAGUCCAUUCCCGAAAACAAAUAUCAGUGGAUUAAGAACUGCAUGGUUUUGAAUGCUUUUUUGGCAAUUUUUGACUUGCAACAGAACUCACCCUUAAGUUUAGGAAAACGCCGAAUUCUAUUUGCUUAAAUUAGAAUAAGUAGGUUGGUAUUAUCCCGAAUAAUCAACUAUACAGAAGACCAAUUUCCUGUCAGUAUUAUUUUUCUUCUCUUACUUUGUGUUCCAUGAUGCGAGACACUAACCAUUUUGAAGCAGCAUUGUUUUGUUCUUUAUUCUAUUUGAAAAAUGAUGAGUGCCAUAGAAAACAUCAUAUAUUAAUUUAUUAGGUCGGAAAUUAGAAUUUUCUUGUGUCAAGUUUUCACCUAAACUUUAAUGAACCGUUCGUUAUAUCAGCUAUAUCAGGCAGUCUUCACAAUAAAUUAAACAUGGUUCACCUUUAAAUUUAAUUACAAAUUUAAUACCUAUCUUAUGCUUCAUAUAUGAUAAAAAGCAAGUAGGCGGAGCUAAUAUUUUUGUUCGGUCAGUAGGCUGUCACUUGCCUGAUACAGAGAAUGAAGAUAAUAUUAAUAUUAUAGCAUUAAAUAAUAAUGUUAAAUCUGCCUUCGAAAUCAUUUGCAGGCAGUAGAUGGCAAUGUGUUACCUGAGACUGUUGUUGUUUAAAAUCAUAGUCUUUGACAUGUAAUCCAUGUUUCGAGGAUUUAUGUUACACAUGCCAUUUUGUCUUCAUAAUCAACGUAUAAAUCACUGCAGGCAGUGCAAUACAUCCUUUGUAACUUCAGAUAUCCUGCAUACGCGGCUAAAAAUGUUUUUGCUAGAAAGUGACAUUAUCAGAAAGAAUCAGUCGAUGCAGUGAAAUAUUAACCCGCUGUUUUGUCAAACUUGUAUAGGCACAUGAUAAUAAGUUUUAGUUUUGUCUAAUUUUGAUUCAACGAAUAUUUUCUGUGAAGUUAGGCAAAUAAAGAGGGCACACAGAUUGCAUAUCUCAGUUACCAUGCUUAAUAUAGUAAACUUAAAUCCUAAGUGAAAGUGGAUAGGAAUGUCACGAAAGGAGAAGAAAACUAAAAAUGAGAUAUUAAGGAAGACUUGUAGAUGACGCACUUUUAUUUUGAAGUGACUAAGAGUGCAUUAAAGAGAUACAGAAAUUUUCAAGUAUUGGUUUUGCAGGGAUUUUUGUUUGAUUGGUUGGAGGAUUUCAUCAUGAGCUGGCAUCAGGUUUUCCAAUGAUUCUCUGACAGAUACAGAAAUAUAUAAAUGUGCAUGUGAGUGAGAUUAGAUGCAAUGAGGUAGAGGACGAAGAAGAAUUCUUCACCGUCAGAGAAAAGAUUUUAUAAAUCAUAUUAAAAUACGAUGGCCAUUUGAUUUUUAGCAGUCACCUGCCACAUUCACAUGACGAAUGCGGUGCUAAGUAUUUUUCAGUCCAUCUCUAUGAAUAUAAAGAUUUCGAAAUUUGAAAUUGUGCUUGCGAUCAGUGAUAUUUGCACUUUGUUGUGGCAUCUAUAGAAAAACAGUACCAUUUCCAAUAUAUCUGGUUGUUACAAACUUACUAAUGCAGAUGAAACAAUCAGUCACUCUGCCCUAAUAAUAUGAUUAAAAAACAAGUUUGAAACACUUAUAAAUAUUGGACGUGGUUAUUCAGAAGAACUUAUCCGCUUUUUCCAUCCAGUUCCAAGGAUAACGAACAGAGACCAGUACGGGAGCCUUUGUAAUGACAUUCAUAGCACAUGUACAAGACAUCGAAGCCGGUGUUUCCAGAUGGUGGCACUCAAUGAGUGGUGAUCUCCAACGCGUCCAGACACAUGCUGCUGGACUUUUACUCACGACUAUGCUAUAGAAAUGGAAACAGCAAUGACGGAAUACACAGAGUCGCCGCACAUGGUCAUCUCUCGAAAAGGCCACGUUUCACAGGCGUACAACAGACUGCGCCCACUGAAGCACUUUAAACCCAACCUCUGACAGCCAGGCUAACUUUGUGGCGGCGCCAAAGGUGGCCCAAAUGGGCAUAUGCCAUCCAAGCUUUCAUGAUACAGCUAGAAAUCUCGUCCGUCACGCCUCCGCCAGCACUCGCAAAACUAACCAGAUACACAAACUUAUAGACAACUUCAAGAGGUUCACCUGCAAGGGUGAGUGCAAGUACACGCUCCUGCCAGUCAUGUGACAGUACUUUUCACUUGGAUGGCACAAAGCAUAUACCAUACUUACAGACACUGAUCACCAGCUGGUUAAUUGUGAUGGGAACAGUCUGCAUGUUAUCACACACAGUAUGCAUAGUCGAGGUCGAAAAGUCUUUCUCCAAGAAGCAGAUCUACACCACCACCACCACAAACGUCCUUCACAGCUGACUCCAGAAUGUCAAAGAUGGCAGAGUUACAGAGAAACAGAGAGACUGGGAAACCCUGUUUAACUCCAUGUUAGUUGGGAUCGGUGGUGAUAGCUGGUUGUAUGCCAUCACUCUACCUGAGUUAUUUCUGUAUAGGGAUUUUAGGAUUUUAACAAACUUCUCAGACACUCUUCUCUCUAAAAGACAGUUCAAGAGAGCAGCCUUAAUAUCAAGAAACAGCUAUUUUCGGCCUGCAAUAUGCGUGGCGGUGUUUCAGCAACUGACGAAGGGUGAACACAUGAUUAAUGCAUCUAAGACCUGAACGAAACCUGACGUGCUCUUCACGUGUUUUGCACAGCCUCCAAAACAAGACAGAAGUCAAUAUUGUAGACACUUCCUCAUAUUUUUCAGAACAAUCCAGUUAAAGCCAUCCCCAAAAUCUAACCACCAUCUUUAGUAUGAGCCAGGGGUAGAUUUUCUGCUCAUUGUGCCUCAUAGUGUUUCAAUAUUUUUAGUUCUCUUCGGACCUCCGCUUCUACUGGUGGGUUGGUAUUGACCAACAAGAGGGCACUGUAGCUAACGAUGUUGGAUACUGGCGCUUAUGGCUCAUUAAAAUGCCUCUCAAGGUGCUGUGCCCAGCGUUCCAUCUGCCUAACAUACCGUCUCGCUGACACCACCCUUCUUGCCGCCAGUGGGUCGAAUGAGCUGGAACAGUCUCCCACUGUUGCCAGAUUCAGCUGCUGACUCCAUCUCACACGCGCGUUCUAACCACCAGGCUUCACGGUCUUUACGUAAACACUGUUUGAUCCUGAGCGUGUCUGUCUGACAGAAUGGACCAGAGCUCAUCCAAAAAUUUCGAGGAACUCGCAGAAACUCAUUGGUUUUGGGGGGAACAUUCAUAUAAGCCGCAAGUGGCUUCAUUCUCUACUUGCUUAGCGCCUUGCAGAUAUAGCCAAUGUUCAUCUGUACUACUUGGAGGGUUGCUAGAUAGCUCUGAUUGUAACUCAGUCUGGAACUUCAAAGAGGUAGAACGUGCCACUAGUUUGCCAUCAUUUAUGAAUCCCACCAAAUCGCAAGACGAACCUGACACACACUAAAGCAUUAUCGAAGUCCACCCAUUAGAUCCAGAAGCAGCGGCAGUCCUGUAAUAAUCCAAAUCAUCAGAAACUAGCAGCGAUGUGAUCAACCUUAGUCCAGGCUUGAUUGGCAGAAGGGGGAUACCAUAUAGGCUAUGGUGCUGGAGACUUAGUCGUAACAUUAGAGGAUAUUAGGGGAAUUUUUGGAAAUUAUAAUGCUCACAACGAACAUUACAUGCUAAAAUUGAAUGAGAAUCAGAGAUGUAUUACUAGGAAACAACAAAACUAUGCACAUGAAAUAGAGUGUUUUGCUUAAGAUACUAACGUAGUAAAUUUGAAGGUGGAUGAAAAUGGUAAAUUUCUUUAGCGCACUCCUAACCACUUUGCAGAUAUUUCGAGUAAUCUGUUCUAAAACGCACUUUUGGUGGGAGCUUAUGUGAGUCGGGAAGACAAAAACAGAUCAAAUUAUUAUUCCUUCCUUGCCUUAGGAGUAGGAUAAAAUGCUUCGGCAGUCUAUAGCCACUGUAAUCGUUUCACCGCUAUCACCGUCACCUGCAAGCUUUCAUUUCCUCCUCUUAUGAUUUCUUUUGUGUCACCCUCAGACUCCCAACCUGUCGCUUACAUUGGGAUUCAACUCGACAACCUGACGAGUGAUACUACUCAAUGGCUUCCUCACGGUAUAUCCAGCCUGUCUCCAUUUCCUUCUGCGUACUUGAUAUGUAAUAGUUUCUUGACUGGUUUGUUGCAAGAGCUCCUUGUUGUUUAUCUUUUCUGGUUGGUCGGUCAUAUAACCUUUUAUUUCCAGAGAUGGCAAAUGCUGCGAAAAGUGUACAACCGGUUGGAAACACUAUUGGCAAUGCGUGUAAGUCUGUUCCAUACAGAAGCAUUGACUAGACACUAGUGUUAAGAGUCCGAAACUUAUUCCUUGUGCUAAUUGAUAUGGAUAUCUACAGUGAUUUCAGAGUAGUGAACGUCUGUCCUACUUCCUCGAUCUUGGUUUUGACAUCCUCAUCAGUCCUUCCCCCUUCUGUAGCUGUAACGAUGCCCAUUAGGCAAGUGGAAGAUGUCUUCCUUUAGAUUUCUUUCACUGAUGGUGGCUGGUACUACUUCUUGUUUUUGGUAGAGCAUCUUCAUGUCCGAUGUUUUUUCUGUAUUCAGCUGAAGUCCUGUUAUCUUGUCCUCUUCUAACAAACUGUCGGUGUUCCCCAUUGUUGAAUCCACAAUAGUUAGGGAUAUCAUGAAGGGUAGUAGGCAGUCCGUUUUUAUUCUUAUCUUCACUCUGAACUACUUAGUGAGUUUUUCGUUGUGAAUUACGUGGCAUAUAGCAUCACAGUAUAAUAGCAGAGGGCAAGACACAUAAGUGAAGGGAUAUUUUUCACUGAUCAAACCGCUACUUACAUAUAUAUAUAUAUAGUUUUUAUUCUGCAACCGAACACUGAGCAUGUGGUUUCGGUUCACAUUAAAUGACAUGAAACAGAAUGUUCAAACAUAUAUAGUAUCCUGUCGCUAAUGCAGUACUGAACUAUGGGAACAUGUGAGAAUGAUACUCAGUUGGAACACCUGUCUGUAUCACGCCACCACAACAAUACAUAAAUGUUUGUGACACUACAAUUUGUAGUGUUGAAGCAGUUGCUAAUUUCCUCCAAGGUUAACGAAGUUGAGGUAAAGAGUUGUUUGCUAUUCUAAGCUCUUUUCGAUGAUAACGUCUUGUCUUGCAAUUCUAUCCGCGCAUGAUCUAUCUCCUCCUUAAUCCAGCCUGUUCUAAGUAAAGUUUCCCAUCCAGUGCAUCUUUUAAUCUUCUCAGAAUAAUGCAGAUAAAUAUUUUAUUUGUGGUGGACAAGGGCAUGAUGCCAUGCCAAGAUCAAACUAAAAGGUCAAAAUAAUAAUGAAUAUCAAUAAGGUGAAAAAGGGAUAAUAGUACAUUAAUACUGGUACCAGAAUCAGAUUUACUUAAGUGGGUUUAGUUUCAUAAAAAAAUUGUUUAUGCUUACAUAGUUAUGUCAACCUUUUAUUCUGACUUAUGUUCAUCUUCUUAUCCCUUGGCUGCUAAUUAUUUCCAUACAAAUUCCAACAAUGUGUACGUGUGGUCAGAUUUCGAGAAGUGUUCUGUGCCAGUACACUCACCACACGAUUUACAUAAGUUACUGCCUCUUAUCAUUUCUUCAUAAGUCACAAAGCAAAUUAAUAAUUUCAAAUUUAGAAGCUAAACAAUGUAUCGACAGUGGCAUCACAUUCUAUGAAAAUAGGGCACACUACUUAGUUUGAUGGAAGUGAGGUUCUGUAUAAAGAUUUUGUGCUUUAUAAAGAAAGACUAGCUUCGUAACCUUUGCAUGUAUGAAAUAAUCCACGACAAUUUUUUUCUAUUGAGAAGGCAUGAUAUUAGUUGAUUCUUGACAAGUGCUCAUUAUUACAGAAAAACUACAGCAUUGAUGGUGAUAUUCACUUCCAGCUUCAUCUUCAUUUAACUCCUGUCAUCAGUAAUCCUAUAUAGACUGUAAUUAUUCUCGACUAUAUUAUUGUUUGUUUAUCUGCGAUGUGUUUAACAGACACUAUAACGGAAACGUUCUACAGAUAGUUGAUCUUGAAUCUUAAUAUGAUGACGUCAAAUGAUCUACUCACGCAUUUUGUUUCCUGAUUCUUUUUUCGCCUUACACACACACACACACACACAAACAUACAAACACAAGGCCUACAUAAUCACAGAAGGAUUCUUCAUACAUUUAGUGAAAAGAGAAUGAUUGCGAGAAACAGUUAGAAAUUUCCUAUUGUUUACCAGUGUCUGCUUAUGAUAACUUCACAUGCCUGGCUAUUUGAUAAAUCAAAUAUAUUUAGAAAAGAAAAGAUUACCUACGUGUUUACCCGAUUUCAUUUAUUGGACUGUGAUGUUUUGACUUUGGUUAUUUGCCUCAAAAAAAAAGAAACAUGGACUACAUUGUAAGAAUGAAUAUUAGAAGGAGUCAAGGGCCGCCAAACAAUGGGAAUAUUUUAUUUCAAAAUGCUCAGAUUUGUACAGUUAUAAUUUACUUAAAAAUACCUACUAUAUGGUCGGAAAACAAUAUUUUUUUGAAUGCAUUAUUGAACCUCGAUAUAAAUUUGAGAAAAAAAGUCAUACUAAUUUAAAUUUACUCCUUAUCUUUAAUUCAUGAAAAAUCCCCAUCCAGACAUUUCUUUAAUUCCUUCACAUUCCUAGUGGAACAUAGGGCUUCAAGCUAGAGGCUUGAAGUUUCUGUAGCAGUGUUUAUUUUU